ACUGCUGUACUUUUUUCCUUCUCCAAACGGCACACAGGAUUCCAAGUGGCAUUUAACACAACAUGGGUUACUACUAUGCGUACUUGACUGGAAUAUCUGCCAGUGUUUUGACCGCCGUCGGUCUCUACCUUUUGCUAACUGGAUCAGGCGAAGCGUUUAAUGUCGGCCUCCUUCUGGAAACCGUAUCACCUUACUCAUGGGCAUUAAUUGGCAUUGGCCUAUGCAUUGGCCUCUCCGUCACAGGAGCAGCUUGGGGAAUCUUCAUAACAGGCUCAUCUAUUCUUGGUGCUGCUGUCAAGACGCCGCGAAUUCAGUCAAGAAACUUGAUUUCUAUCAUUUUUUGCGAAGUCGUGGCUAUUUACGGUGUUAUUAUGGCCAUCGUGUACUCGGCUAAACUCAAUGACGUUGGCCCAGACAUGCUCUUCACCGCCUCUAAUAUGUUUACCGGACACGCGUUGUUUUUCGGUGGCCUCACUGUUGGCUUAUGUAACUUGUUCUGUGGUGUCUGUGUUGGUAUUACUGGAUCCAGUGCAGCUCUUGCCGAUGCACAAGAUAGCCAGCUUUUCGUCAAGGUCCUUGUUGUUGAGAUUUUUGGCUCAGUUUUGGGUCUCUUCGGUCUCAUCGUUGGUCUUCUCGCGACUGGCAAAGCACUAGACUUCCAAUGAAAACGUCCCUUUAACAGUUUACUAGAGCAAAUUUGGUUCAGUUGUCCAUACCAACAUGUUUUUUCACUUGUUUAUCAUUUUUUUUAUUUUCUUCUUUUGUCGUGUCGCGAUCAGCUAUCGCUCAAGACAUACAACUCGUCCUAUACACAUUCGCACAUAAUGCGCUCUUACAACGUCAAAAAUAAAGAAAGAUGUUUAAAGAAUGGUUGUCUAUUGGGGUUUAUGGAACACUAUAUUAUUAAUUUUUGGUUCUGCUCUUCAGCGAUGACCCCAUGUCUAUGCUGAAGUGAUUUCCUUUGUCUUGCUCUUGAGGAUAUCAUCGAUCUCCUUGACAUGGCUGUCAGUGUAUUUUUGAACCUAGGCCAUGGCUGCGCGUCAGUAUAUGCAAAUCAGGAAAAUUUCAAAACAACCAUUCCGUUU